AUGAUGCAGGCAGAGAGCUUGCGUCUGUACGUCCCAGGAGCAGGUGCAUUAGAGCAUGAGAAGGCGAUUUUUACCCAAAAGAGCAAGCUGCUGCCCGACCCGCUGGACACACAGCGCCGGCAGGGCUUCCGGCUGGAGGAGUAUCUCAUCGGGCAAUCCAUUGGCAAGGGCUGCAGUGCUGCUGUGUAUGAAGCCACCAUGCCCGUGUCACCCCAGAACCUGCAGGUGGCAAAGAGCGGCAGGCUUCUUCCAGAGAGAGGCCCAGAUGCUGUUCCCCAAGGAGAGGAGGCGGAGCAAGCCCUGCCGGCCCCUGCGUUUCCCCUGGCCAUCAAGAUGAUGUGGAACAUCUCGGCCGGCUCUUCCAGUGAAGCCAUCUUCAGCACAAUGAGCCAGGAGCUGGUCCCGGCCAGCCGCGUGGCCUUGGCUGGGGAGUAUGGGGCAGUCUGUUACAGGAAACCCAAAGGCGGCCCCAAGCAGCUCGCGCCGCACCCCAACAUCAUCCGCGUAGUCCGCGCCUUCACCUCAGCUGUCCCGCUGCUGCCAGGGGCCCUGGUUGACUACCCCGACGUGCUGCCCCCGCGCCUCCACCCAGACGGCCUCGGCCACGGGCGGACACUCUUCCUCGUUAUGAAGAACUACCCCUGCACCCUGCGCCAGUACCUUCGUGAGAACACCCCAAGCCCCCGCCUCGCCACCAUCAUGACCCUGCAGCUCUUGGAAGGGGUGGAUCAUCUGGUUCAACAGGGUGUUGCGCACAGAGACUUGAAAUCUGACAACAUCCUCGUGGAGAUGGAUGCAGACGGCUGCCCCUGGCUGGUGAUCGCUGACUUCGGUUGCUGUCUGGCUGACGAGCGCAUUGGCCUGCAGCUGCCAUUUAACAGCUGGUAUGUGGAUCGGGGCGGAAACGGCUGCCUGAUGGCUCCCGAGGUGUCCACGGCCUGCCCUGGCCCGAGAGUGGUGAUUGACUACAGCAAGGCCGAUGUCUGGGCAGUGGGAGCGCUCGCCUACGAAAUCUUCGGGCUCGCCAAUCCAUUUUAUGGCCAGGGCAGGACCCACCUUGAAAGCCGCAGUUACCAAGAAGCCCAGCUGCCUGCACUGCCCGAGUCAGCGCCUCCAGAUGCCAGCCGCCUUGUGAGGUCGCUGCUUCAGCGGGAAGCCAGCAAGAGACCAUCUGCCCGUGUAGCUGCUAAUGUGCUUCAUUUAAGCCUCUGGGGUGAACGUAUUCUAGCCCUGAAGAACCUGAAACUAGACAAGAUGGUCAGCUGGCUCCUGCAACAAUCGGCUGCCACUUUGCUGGCUGACAGGCUCACAGAGAAGAGCUGUGUGGAAACAAAGAUGAAGAUGUUGUUUCUAGCCAACCUGGAGUGUGAAACGCUGUGCCAGGCCGUACUGCUGCUCUGCUCCUGGAGGGCGGCCCCGUGAUGGCGCUGACGUGGCUGGUGAAUUACUGAAGAGCUUGCGCUGUACCUAUGUCAUGAGGGUCCAGGAAGGUGAGGGAGCCGCUCCCAUGUGUGAGGGUGAGAGUCAGGAGAAAGAUGUCGCAGAGUGGGCUGGGCUGCCUGGAGAAGGCUUCAGGUUUUGCAAGUGUAAAGAACAGCUUGAGUCAGAAUCUGUAGUCUGUUAGCGAGCUGAGUGAGUCUGGUACAUGUGUAACUACUUGUGAGGACUAAAGUUCUCUCACCUGUAAUGUGAAUUUCUGUAGAGGGCCAGCUAGACAUUACUUCUGGCUAUCUUGACUACUCAACAUUGACAUUAUGGCACAAAGCAGCCAGCUCUGUAAGAGGAUGUGUGGCCUUGUGCCAAUAAACCUGAUUUAGGGACACCGAAAUUUGAAUUUUAUGUGUCAGUAGUACACUUUUAAUUUUUCAACCAGUAAACACAGAAAGCAUGUUUAACUUCA